CCCUCCUCCGCCUGCAGCCAGAUAACAGCCUCAACAGUUGGACCAAGUACAGCUCGUUUACCACCGCAAUCUGAUGGACACCGAAGCUCUCUAACGGUCUGCUCCAGUUCGACCCGCAUGAACUGACAGUCUGCUUACGGCCUACUCACAGAACUUCAUCUGAGAAGAACAGGAGAUGACUGGUAGUAUGUAAAUGAAUAGUUCCUGGAACACACUGUCGCUUUUGAGGUAGGCUUUCGGGGGACGAAUUUACGCCCGACGCGCAAAAGCGGCACCAUGAGCGUCCCACUUUACGCACCGACUCCCAUUCAGCCAACGCACCCGACACCCUUCUACAUCGAGGACAUUCUUGGAAGGACUCCUUCCUCCUCUAACACUUUCUCCUCCGCCUCCUCAUCUUCCUCCUCUCCAUCAUCCUCUACGCCGGUUAUCCCCACGCCGACGAUCGCGUCGCCCAACUCGUCUUUCACCAGUCUCAUCUCGCCCUACCGGACUCCGAUUUACGAACCCACGCCGAUCCACCCGGCAUUGUCCCACCACACUGCGGCGGCCUUCACGACCACGUACGGCCCGGCCGGACCUUUUGCCGGACCCCUCUACCCGUUCCAUCAUCAGCACCACCGCUCCAUGGGCGAGUACGCACAGGCGCUGCUCCGGCGGGACCCUCUCGGGAAACCUCUUCUGUGGACUCCUUUUAUCCAGCGGCCUCUCCACAAGAGAAAAGGAGGACAGGUUCGGUUCUCCAACGACCAGACCAUCGAGCUGGAGAAGAAGUUUGAGACUCAGAAGUAUCUGUCUCCCCCAGAGAGGAAGAGACUGGCCAAGAUGCUGCAGCUCAGCGAGAGACAGGUUAAAACCUGGUUCCAAAAUCGACGCGCAAAGUGGAGGAGACUAAAGCAGGAGAAUCCUCCGGGAGGUAAGAGGGAGCUGGAGGACGACACCUCCGCGGGAAGGAGUAAUAAAAGCACCGAGGGGCCCGUGCUCCACAGCCCGGAGCACAGACAGAGCGGCGCGCCCUCUGAGCAGACGCAGGCGGGCCGCUGUGCGGUGUCCGUGUCCUCGUCUCCACAGCAGCAGCUCCACGCAGAGAUGGACUCUGACGUGUCUGAAGACUCAGACCUGGAGCUGGACAUAGAGGAGGACGAUGAGGGAUUAUCCAGGAGUCGGCAGUUCUGAGGCGCAGGGAAGUUCUGGACCCAGUCCAUAGACUGAAGACUGAGGCUGUGUCCAGUCUGCCUUGAGGAGCAGGAGGAGGGAAGAAGAAGGGGGUGAAGAGGAGACGGCUGAAAAGACUAGACUUGAACCUUUUCACUUCCAAUCACUAAGACAAUCUGAUAAAGUAGUCUCUUCUGUGUAUUGUGUAUAAUAGCUAGUAUUUGUGUCGUAUUUGUUAGUACUGUGUAUUUUCUGGUUGUUAGUAUUGUGUGUUUUGUCAAAUACUGUAAAAUAUUCUCUUUGUACUGUAUGUGUUUUUAAAUCAGGAAUGCUCUUAACCGUCUUGUGGAAUUAAAUGAGACAUCACAUUCAAACUCAUUUAUGGAUCACCUUAUGAUUUGGUGUUAAAUGUUGUGUUAAUAAUAAAUAAAAACAAUCUACCUUUA